AGCUUCACAUGCAUUUGCACAUCAAACCAUGCGAGAUGCAAUGGCUUUCACUUGUAAAAAAGAUACAGUUUUGAAUAGCUUAAUUAAGUGAUGAAGUAUGUCUUCUAUGUGUGAUUUCGCGCUUCGCUUGUCUACAUAGUUGUUCUCGAUCUAUUUUUGAUAUCCCUUCCGCUAGUCGAGAUGUCGCGAGAGAUGUCGCUCUAUCAUAGCGCGGCCAAGCAGAAACUCAGCCAUUUUUCUCUGGGAAGUUCAUGCAGAUCGGUGGCUAUUUCAGGACUGCUUUUGCUCCUGUUCUACACGUUCUCCUUUAACUACCACAACAGCCAAUCUCCGGUUGCCUCUUACCUUCCCUUCAGGCUCAGUUGGCUGUCAUCCAGUCCCGACCCCUGCACCGACACUCCUACUAACAUCAGCCACCUUGUAUUCGGCAUAGUUGGCUCUGUGAAAACAUGGAAACAGAAGAGGCCCUACAUCGAAUCGUGGUGGAGACCAAAUGUUACUCGUGGGUAUCUCUUCCUGGAUCGAGCUCCUUCGAAAGAGCUUCGAGAUUGGCCUCCUUCUUCGCCUCCUUUCCGAGUGAACAAAGAUAUAACUAAGUGGGAAGUAUCCCGGAAAAUCGCGGCACCUGUCCAAGUAAGGAUUUUCCGAACGAUCUUGGAGACGUUUAGACAGGGAGACAAAGAUGUGAGAUGGUACAUAAUGGCGGAUGACGACACCGUACUCUUCCUGGACAACCUCGUGGAGGUUCUGUUGAAGUAUGAUCAUACCAAGUACUAUUAUAUCGGCUCGAGCUCAGAAUGUGUCAUGUCCAACUUCUUCUUGUCCUUUGAGAUGGCGUUUGGAGGAGCUGGCUAUGCUUUGAGCUACCCUCUGGUUGAGAUGCUGGCGACGGAGUUGGAUGCUUGUAUAGAAAGAAAUCCAAGGUUGUAUUCGAGCGAUUUCAUGUUGCAUAUAUGUUUAACCGACUUUGGAGUUUCCCUGACCAAAGAGAGAGGAUUUCAUCAGAUUGAUCUCCAUGGUGAUAUAUCAGGUUUUCUAUCGGCUCAUCCGCAAUCUCCUAUCUUAUCGCUCCACCACAUCGAUACCAUCGACCCAAUUUUUCCCUCCAUGAACCGCUCUGAAGCCAUCAAUCAGCUCAUGAAACCUGCACAAGUCGACCAAUCUCGUCUCCUGCAACAAACCAUCUGCUACCAGAGGGAAAGAAACUGGUCAAUCUCUGUAUCAUGGGGUUACUCUACUCAUAUAUAUGAGAACAUACUUUCUCGAAACUUCUUACGGCGACCCCUUGAGACAUUCAGGCCAUGGAUGAAGAGAAACAAGUCACCUCUCUAUUUGUUCAACACGCGGAUCCUCGAGGACAAUCCAUGCACAGUUCCUCAUGUAUUUUUCUUGAAAUCCAUGGAGAAUGCUAGUCGUAACGAAAUUGUUACUACUUAUACUCGAGCGUCAAAGAGCGGAUUACCAGCUUGUGCACUUGGUGGAAAUCAUUCUGCAAAUCCCAUCUCCAGAGUUGAGGUAUUUUCACCAAGACGAAGACACAUUGAGGUCAGUGUUUUCAUUUAAUCUGCAUACGAGCAUGCAACAAGCUGUCGUAUUUGACACCAAUCAUAUAUGUCAACAUAUUCAUCUUUGUCCAUUUGCUCUUUCAGGCAGGAAGAAUAGAGUGCUGUGAUGUUCUAGCUGACAAACAGAACACCACGAAGGUCAGACUAAGGCCCUGCAUGUUCGGUGAAGUCAUUGCCUAAGAACCAAACGACAUGAAUGUGUCGUCAGUUUCAACAUGUUUUUCAGAUUAAUGAUAUCUCGGAUCUUAGGAUG